UGAUUGGGAUGCUAUUUUUUUAUGAUGCGCGAGGUGGGGUGGGAGUUAGAUUUUUCUCUCUGAAUGACUUUCAUGCUCUUUCUUUGUUUUGUCGUUCUCUGAAGAAGAAAAAAAAACCGCAAGAGUUGUUUAUGGAUACCUGCUUUGGUAAUAAACUGACCUUUGAACUAUCUGCUCCCAGCGGGACUUCCCGGUGUCCAAACAUUUUCAUUCUGAUUCCCAUUCCCGUUCCGACGUGUCAAUCCAUCGCCUCCUCUUCUGCCAAGUUAAGGCCAGGGUCCAGGAUCUGCACCUUAUAUUCCGUCUGGGUAGCCCCCCUUCCCAACCUGAUGGCAUGAAUAUCGAUUUCUCCUUCCGGUGAACAGAUCUCCCUCCCUCCUACUCCCUCUCUUCCUCUCUGACUUUUUUCCGUUUCACUGGGUCCACUGCUCCUAUUCUCCACUCUCUUCUCCUAUUAGAUUCUAUUUUCUUUUGCUCUUGACCUUUCCCAUCUACCGGGCUUCAACCUGUCACCUUCCAGUCAGUCACUGUCUCACCCGCCCCGAUUUUAUUCAGAUAUUUCCCCCAUUCCAUCUCAAUCUUGAAGGAGGGUUGAGCUGGAAACGUCGACUGUCGACUCGUUUCGAUAGAUGCUGCCGGGCCUGCUGAGUUCCGCCAGCAUUUUGUUUGCGUUGAGCUGGAUUUCCUGCAUCUGCAGACUUUGUCGCAUUUGUGAUUUCCCUCCCCGUUGUCCCUCCCGCCUCCGAGCACUGGGGGCGCUGUAUGGACCUCCGGCCACUGGUGGCGAUGUGUACCUCCGACCGCUGGUGGUGCUGUGGAGAACAUCCUGGUAAACGCAUGCGCACUGCCGAAUGCAGCUGUCGUUGGCGGUUCACCGACUCGAGCGGGUUAGACCUGCGGUGAGAGAUUUAUUGGAAGAAAAACCCACAACUGGAAGCGAACCAGGACUGAAGAUGAGGGAACAGCAGCAAGUGAACCAGCCCUAGGACUGAGAGAACCGACUGGAGAGAACCCAACUGACUCGGAGAUUCCAGUGAUUCAGUCAGGAGAAAGUUAAAUAUGACAAGGAAUUUGUCUAUGGGAAUCUCGAACACAACACGCCAGUUUUGCUGUCUCUGUCCGGAUAUUUAAGAAGAGGAGCAAGGGAUUCACUCGAUCAUCAGACCAACUAGCGUGCCCGUCAUUUUACAUGGGGGUGACGCAUUCAUCUGCUCAGACAGUGGGAACGGAUUCACUCGGUCCUUUCAACUGAAGGUACAUCAGCAAGUUCACACUGGACAAGGCCAUUCACUUGUUGUAAGUGUGAGAAGGGAUUCAGUCAUUUAUCCCACUUGUGGACACACCAGUCAGUUCACACUAGGCAGAGGCUGGUCAUUUGCUGAAUUUGUGCGGAAGGAUUCACUCGAUCAUUUGACCAAAUGGCACACCAGCAAGCCCACACUGGAGAGAGACUGUUCACCUGCUCGGACUGUGGCAAGGGAUUCACAAAAUCAUCUCUCCUACUGAGACACCAGUCAGUUCACACUGGGGAGUGGCCGUUCACCUGCUCCGACUGUGGGAAUGGAUUCACUUGCUCAUCUAAGCUGAAGGUACAUCAGAGAGCUCACACUGGAGAGAGGCCAUUCACCUGCUCAGACUGUGGGAAGGGAUUCACUAAAUCAUCCCACCUACUGAGACACCAGUCAGUUCACACUGUCGAGCGGCCAUUCUCCUGCUCAGCCUGUGGGAAGGGAUUCACUUGCUCAUCUAAACUGAAGGUACAUCAGAGAGCUCACACUGGAGAGAGGCCAUUCACCUGCUCAGACUGUGGGAAGGGAUUCACUUGCUCAUCUAAACUGAAGGUACAUCAGAGAGCUCACACUGGAGAGAGGCCAUUCAUCUGCUCAGUGUGUGGGAAGGGAUUCACUAAAUCAUCUCACCUACUGAGACACCAGUCAGUUCACACUGGCGAGCGGCCAUUCACCUGCUCAGACUGUGGGAAGGGAUUCACUUGUUCCUCCCAACUGAAGGUACAUCAUCGAGUUCACACUGGGGAGAGGCCGUUCACCUGCUCAGACUGUGGGAAGGGAUUCACUCGCUCAUCUAUACUGAAGGUACAUCAGCAAGUUCACACUGGGGAGAGACCGUUUACCUGCUCAGACUGUGGAAAGGGAUUCACUCGAUCAUCCCACCUACACUUGCACAGGUCUGUUCACACCGGGGAGAGGCCGUUCACCUGUUCAGACUGUGGGAAGGGAUUCACUUGUUCGUACCAACUGAAGGUACAUCAGCGAGUUCACACUGGAGAGAGGCCGUUCACCUGCUCAGUCUGUGGGAAGGGAUUCACUCAGUCAUCUGAAGUGAAGGUACAUCAGCGAGUUCACACUGGAGAGAGGCCGUUCACCUGCUCAGUCUGUGGGAAGGGAUUCACUCAGUCAUCUGAACUGAAGGUACAUCAGAGAGUUCACACUGGAGAGAGGCCAUUCACCUGCUCAGACUGUGGGAAGGGAUUCACUUGCUCAUCUAAACUGAAGGUACAUCAGCGAGUUCACACUGGGGAGAGACCGUUCACCUGCUCAGACUGUGGGAAGGGAUUCACUAAAUCAUCUUACCUGCUGAGACACCAGUCAGUUCAUACUGGCGAGCGGCUGUUCACCUGCUCAGACUGUGGGAAGAGAUUCACUUCUUCAUCCCAACUGAAGGUACAUCAGAGAGUUCACACUGGAGAGAGGCCAUUCACCUGCUCAGACUGUGGGAAGGGAUUCACUCAGUCAUCUGAACUGAAGGUACAUCAGCGAGUUCACACUGGAGAGAGGCCAUUCAUCUGCUCAGUGUGUGGCAAGGGAUUCAUUCAGUCAUCUCAGCUGAUGAUGCACCAGUCAGUUCACACUGGCGAGAGGCCAUUCACUUGCUCAGACUGUGGGAAGGGAUUCACUGCUUUGUCCCAACUGAAGGUACAUCAGCGAGUUCACACUGGUCAGUGGCCGUUCACCUGCUCAGACUGUGGGAAGGGUUUUGCGCUGUCAUCUCACCUACUGACACAUUGGAGAGUUCACACUGGGGAGAAGCCAUUCACCUGCUCAGACUGUGGGAAGGGAUUCUCUCAGUCAUAUAAACUGAAGGUACAUCAGCGAGUUCACACUGGGGAGAGACCGUUCACCUGCUCAGAUUGUGGGAAGGGAUUCACUCAGUCAUCCAUCCUAAUGGCACACCAGCAAGUUCACACUGGAGAGAGGCCGUUCACCUGCACAAACUGUGGGAAGGGAUUCACUCGGUCGUCUCAUCUACAGAGACAUCAGUCAGUUCACACCGGGGAGAGGCCGUUCACCUGCUCAGACUGCGGGAAAGGAUUCACUCAAUCAUCCACCCUAAUGGCACAUCAGAGAGUUCACACUGGGGAGAGGCCGUUCACCUGCUCAGACUGUGGGAAGGGAUUCACUUUUUCAUCCCAACUGAAGGUACAUCAGCGAAUUCACACUGGGAGAGGCCGUUCACCUGCUCAGACUGUGGGCAGGGAUUCACUUGUUCAUCUCAACUGAAGGUACAUCAGCAAGUUCACACUGGAGAGAGGCCAUUUACCUGCUCAGUGUGUGGGAAGGGAUUGACUCAGUCAUCUCAUCUACAGACACACAAGCGAGUUCAGACAGGAGAGAGGCUGAUCAGCUGCUGAGACUUUGGGAAGUAAUUCUGUCAGCAAAAUCAACCAAAUGUGCAUCAUUGAGUUCACAGUGGGGAGAGGCCGUUCACCUGCUGUGAAUAUGGGGAGCGAUUCACACAGGUCAUUUAACCUUAUGUAACUCUUGCUUCAGCUGGCAACUUAAUAUAGGGGGUGAUAGCCCCUGAGCUUGGCCAAACCUAAGAAAUCUCGUUUGUGUGAAUGCUGCAUGAUCUGUCCCCUGUUACAAAUCAAUACCCCAAAAAUAACAAAUGGUACUCAAUAUGCGAUUAAACAAUUGAGCUAUUUAAUUCUUACUUUGACUAUAGGAUUAGUAAAGGAAACAAAAAAAAGUAAAAGGGCCCUUUCUCUCCAUUCAUGUCUUCUAAUCUCUCCUUGGCAAAAGACCGUGAAUAUCUACCUUACAGACUCACAGGAAAGAACAAUAUCUCUCUCAUUGGAUAGCCAGGCACUCCAAAACCCUGUUAUUUCCAGUCAUAAGCUAAACAUUGCUGCUGCAGAGAAACCAUUAGCUCAGCAGUGAAACAGAACAGAGAGACCAUUACGUUAGCAGUGAAAUCUCACAGAAUGUUAUACUUGUGACACACUACCCGGUUCACACAGGGAAGAAAGUUUCAAUAAGCUGCAUGCUGGAUAUUUGUCCAUCACUGUUGCUAAAGCUAUUUUGAGAGUGACUAUUGGUGCUGAACUCUGCAAUUAUUGCUGCUGCUCACCACAUCCAGUUCUGGGCAUGGGAGGAGAUUCUUCUACUGCAUAUUCACUUAUAAUGGGACUGGAGUUUAAUAUUGAGUGGGGUGGAGUGUGGCCAAUGAAGGAGUGGAGCUUUGAGGCUUUGGCUCAAGUAGUUUUGGCAAAUGGAUUGUGCAAUCAAGUCAAUCAAGAUUUGAAUAUCUCCUGGAGGUUGCGCCUGUCUGUGAAUGGAGUAACAGCAGUUUCUGUGCUGCUCCUAGUUUUGUCCCUUUCCCCCUAGUUUAAACUGAGUUUAAUAUCUUCAGUUGCUGAUUCUUGAAGGGGAGCAAUAUGUAUUUGAGGAGUGGGAAGUACUUGUCUGAACCUAGUGAUAAAGGCAACGGGAAAGGAAAGAUGCAAAAGGAAGUAUCUGAUGAAAUGCCAUUGUGGGCUGAAGAUAUGGCUUGGACACAGUUCAUUUAAAGACUAACUUGAAAAGAAUAGUAAUGAAAUGAUGUCAUUUCUUGGAAAACUUAAAGAUCUGGAAGCUCAAGUCAUUACACACAAAGAGGAAUUGAAGAUAAUUAAGCAAAAAUUGCUUGAAAGUAAAAUAAAGUAAAACUCAUUUGGAAAGAUAUUGAAAUAGGAUUAUAGACCUGGAAACAAGGUCUCGCCGAAGGAACAUACAGAUUGUUGGGCUGCAGGAAGAAGUUGAAAAUGGAGAUUUAACUGCUUACAUUGGUAAGCUUUUUCAUACCUUAUUUCCUUCUAUAUUAUCACAGCUGCCUACUGUAGAAAGAGCACUCAGAACUUUUACUUCAAGAUUUCAAGAUCCAAAUAAGCCAGGAGCUGUUCUGGUUUGUUUUCAUUAUUUUAAGAUUAAAGAUCAAAUAAUGCGACAGGCAAGAAAACAGAGUUUUUAGAUUUGAGACAUCUGAGCUCAGUUUUUAUGAAGAUUAUUUGAAGGAGGUAAUGGAACAAAGAUCAAAAUUUGCUCUGGUAAUGAAACAGGCAUAUGAUAAGAAAUUGUUUCCUUCCUUGCAUCACCCAACAAGAAUUAAAGUUUUUCCUCCUGAUUCUCCUACUCGUACUGGCGUUUGUUUAAGCUAUACCUGCUGCGACUGCCGAUUGAACUGUCUGGCAUAUUAUCUGCAUAAUAGCAUUUUGUAAAGAAGAUUUAUGAAGGCGACUUGGACAUUUCAUAGAGAGACUAUUAAAAGAACAUUAGGGGACUUAUUUAUUAUUGCAUAUCAUUGUUUUUUUUGGUAAGAAGAUUUAUAGUUCAAGUAUGACUGUUUGAAUGGUUAUUUGGACAUUCGACGGAGAAAAAGAACAUUAAAGGACCUAUUCCUUUAACCUAGUAUCUGGUUUGAUAUUUUUUGUGUUUUUUUUUCUUAAUUAACUAACUGGUAGUUUUUCUUACUAAUGGGGCUAUUUCCUUCUCUUAUGUAUAUUUAACGGAGGUUUCGAUUAUUUGCAUCAUAUUAUUAGUUUUAAAGAUUGUAUUGAUCUGUUAUUCAACACUAUGCUUGGUUUCUCUACGUAAUAUGUUUUAGAUUUUAAUUACUGCUUAUUUUUAAAAUUCUUUUCAACAUAUCAGUAUGUUUUUAUAUAAUGAAUAUUAUUGCAUCUUAUAACUGAAUUUAAUGCUUUUAGGGGAUUUAAUGUUAAGUUUAAGAUGGAGCUGUUUUUUUCUUUUAAACCAUAUAACCAUAUAACAAUCACAGCAUGGAAACAGCCUAUCUCGGCCCUCCUAGUCCGUGCCGAACUCUUAAUCUCACCUAGUCCCACCUACCCGCACUCAGCCCAUAACCCUCCACUCCUUUCCUGUCCAUAUACCUAUCCAAUUUUAUCUUAAAUGACGCAACUUAACUGGCCUCUUCUUCUUCUACAGGAAGCUCAUUCCACACAGCUAUCACUCUCUAAGUAAAGAAAUACCCCCUCGUGUUUCCCUUAAACUUGUGCCCCCUAACUCUCAAAUCAUGUCCUCUCGUUUGAAUCUCUUUUUAAGAGAUAACAAUUUUUUGAUGUCCUCUUUGUUUAAAAAAAGACUAAAUAUAAACAUGGCAUAGUUUGUAGAUGCUGGACUGUAAACAUUUUCCUUUGUUGAGACUUUGUCGUUCCUCUUACAAGGUCAGUGGGUUUCACUUUUUAACUGGUGAGGGACAGAGAACCUUUUUUAAUCUUUUUUUUCAGACAGACAGAGCAGUUUUAGCUGUGUUUUCUAUCAUAGGGUGCCUGCCUUUUCUGGGCUGUGGGGGGAGUGGGAUGGAGUUAGAAUUAGGGUUUUUUCCCAUUGGGUGGUUCCGGAGCAUGCGUGUUUUCUGUGUGGUUGUAUUCUCCAUCACCACCAUUUUUGAUCAUCCCGUGUGUGCUCGGCACAUGUGUAAAGUAGAACAAAAUUAUAGUAUGGAAUCUAAACAGACUAAUGUAAUAAGUUAGAAUGUACGUGGUUGGAAUCAUCCUCUCAAAUGAAAAAAGACUUUUAAAAUCAUUACCGGUAAUCGAUUUCAACCUGAUACAAUUUUUGCCCAGGAGAUGCAUGUCACGGCGGGAGAUCAAAAUAGGUUUUUUGGAUCAUGGAAGACUUUGCAAUUUCACUCCACUUCUCAAAGUAAAACAAAGGGAGUGUCUAUUUUUAUUAAAUCCAAUAUAUCUUUCAUUCAAAAGGACAUUAAUUCACAUUCUUUUGUCAAUUUUUAAUUGUUAAAGGAGUAAUUUGUAACAGAAAAGCUGUUUUGGUCAAUUUGUAUGGUCCUAACUUAGAUGAUCUUUUUUUAAAAAAUGUAUUUGCUUUACUGCCUCAUUUAAAUGAAUAUCUCUUGAUAAUGGACGGGGAUUUUAACUGUUGUAUAAAUCCUUUGAUUGACAAGAGCUCAACCAACCAGCAAUUUUCAAAUCACUCCACAUUACUUAUUAAUUCUUUUUGACUGAUUUUUGGAUUAAUUGAAUUAUGCAGAUAUUUACACCAUGAUGAUAGAGAAUAUUCUUUUUUGUCACAUGUUUAUAGAAAAUAUUCAAGGAUCAAUUAUGUUAUAGUUGCCCCUUACUUCUUGCCUACUGUUAAGAAUUGUGAAUAUGACACUAUCGCUGUAUCUGCUCAUGCAGCUUUCAGUUUGUCUUUUGAAUUCGAUGAUGCCAUCCUUGCCCACCCACCUUGGCGCCUGUCUCAGACAUCAUUGCAGAAUUCAGACUUUGUUAGCUUAAUUGAAAACCAGGUAAAAUAUUUUUUUUUCUUUUUAAUGUUCUAGCGGGUACAUCUAAAUGAAUCAUAUGGGAUACAUUUAGAGAAUUUUAAGGUGUUCAGAUCAUUUCUUAUUCUGCUAACCUGAAAAAUCAGACUAAAGUAGAAUUAGAUAAGAUUACAAAACAAGUUAAAGACUUCGAUAAUAUUUAUGUGAUUUCCCCUAAUAUUGACAUUUAAACAAAGGCUGGAACUUCAAUCACAAUAUAAUUGAUUAUUAACUCAUCCUAUUGAAGGCUAUUUGCUUAAGCUAAAAAGUCAAUUUUAUAUAUUUUGAGAUAAAAAUAACAAACUGCAUCUCAAUUAAAAACGGCCAGAGCCAAAAGGCAAAUUUUGAAAAUCUGUAGGAAAGAUGGUACCCUGGCUUGGGAAUAUGAAGCCAUUAAUAAGAUUUUUAUACUGAACUUCAUAAAUCUAAAUUUCAGGUAGAUUCUUCUAAAAUGAAUUUUUUUUAGGAAAGAUUGUUUUUCCUCGAAUUUCUGUUAAGGAUCAAAAAUCUCUUGAUGCCCAAAUUACCGAAGCCAAAAUUCAUAAAGCUAUUUUUUCAAUGCCAUCUGGUAAGGCCCCUGGACUUGAUAGGUACCCUGUAGAAUUUUUUUUAAAAAUUGGAAAAUUGCUCUCUCUGCAUAUGUAGGAAAUGAUUAAGGACUCUUUUGUGAAAGGCAAUUUACACUUUACUUUUUAUGACGCUUAAAAAGGAUAAAGGUCCUUCUGAUUGUGCCUCGUAUAGACCUAUUUCAUUAUUGAAUGUUGAUGCUCAGAUCCUGUCAAAGAUAAUGGCCAAUUUGUUGGGAAAUUUUUUGGUAAAGUUAUUUUUAAAGGUCAGCAGACUUCAUAAACGGCCAUUAUUCCUUUUCAAAUGUUUGGAGAUUAUUUAAUGUUAUAUACCCAUCUUUUAAAACUCUAUAAUGUGUCAUCUCUUUCGAUGCUGAAAAAGCAUUCGAUCGAGUUGCAUGGAAAUAUUUAUUUAAUGUUUUCUAGAAAUUUGGUUUUGGUGUUAAUUUAAAUAAUUGGAUUAGAAUGAUAUAUAAAACUCCUGUUGUCACGUUAUUACUAAUAAUUGUAGAUCUUUUUUUCAGCUUUCAUGGAGGACAGGACAAGGUUGUCUAUUAAGUCCUUUGUAUCACUCUUCGGAAGCUAAAGAUAUUCAUGGACUACUUGUGAAUGAGAUUUCUCUUUACGCUGAUGAUUUUCUGGUUUAUGUAUCUAAUCCCGAGGAAUCUCCCUGCCUUGCUAAAUUUAUUUCAUGAAUUUGGAGAUUUUUCAGGAUAUAAAAUAAAUUUUAAUAAAGAUGAACUGUUUCCUUUAAAUGAAUCUCUUUCUAUAUAUGGUAAUACUCCUUUCAACAUUAUGGAUUCUUUUAGAUAUUUAUGUAUUAUAAUCUCUAACAAAUAAAUAAGGAUCUUUACAAAGCUAAUUUUGUUCUCUGAGUAGAUUCUAUGAAGUAUUUAUUUAGUGGAUGGAACCCACGUACAUUUUCACUUGUUGGUCACAUCCAUAUAGUCAAAAUGCUGAUUUUACCAAAAUUGUUAUAUUUAUUUCAGAAUAUCCCUGUUUGUUUUGCAAAGAUGUGUUUUUGAUUGGAUUGAUUCUAUUAUCUCAUCUUUUAUAUGGAAUGAUAUAAGACCAAGUAUUGUAAGUGUCACUUGCGAAAAUUGAAAAAGGAUGGAGGUCUUAUUUUGCCUAAUUUAAGAAUGUAUUACUGGGCUGUUAAUGUGCAAUAUAUGUCCUUUUUGUUACACUGGGUUGAUAAGAAUGAAUGGCCAAUUUGGGUCAAUCUGGAAUUGAAAGCUGUGAAACAGUUUUAUUUAACCUCGUUAUUGGGAGCUGCUUUACAAUUAGCUAAAGUUGCUAAUUUAAAUUUAUACCCUGUGAUUAAGUAUCCUUUACAAA